AUGAGUGAUUUAGGAUAUGCUAAAUAUUAUAAAGCCUAUUCUAAAACAAUAUGCUCUAUCUGUAAUGAACUAAUAUAUUCUGAUACUAGAAUCUGUAGCUCACAUAGCGAAAUUUAUAAGAAAGCCUGGCAUGAAGAAUCAAAGAGUUCCUGGACCUCAUUAUCUGUAUUUAGCCUAUAUGGUGGAAGUUCUAGUACACCUUUAUCUUUAAAACCAAGACCAUCAUAUGCCUGGUAA